AGAAUGAACUCCACAUCAAUCGCAGCUUGGCUUCUCGUCCUUAUUCUCGGAAUUGUUUCCAGUCAGCCAUUGUUUGGGCUUGAAAAGCAAUUGCUAUAUUCGUUCCAGGACCCUGAUGAAUUCGAAAUCAUCAAUAAGAGAUCACCAUUGCUAAGUCUUGUUGGUUCAAAUGUUCGUUUCACAGAACCAUUCUGGCAACGCGUUCAAAAUAAGAAGAAAAUCCGUUCGGUUGCAGUUGACGCCGACAAACUUCCUCGCUACUUCCCAUAAUGUUUUUGUAUAGCUAAUAAAUGAUUUU